AGCAAUCAAAUACUUGUUUCUUCUCUGCCACUAUAUAAAGCACAUCAUAGCAAUGGCCAGCAUCCGUCGUCUUGCUCUCUAUCUCGGAGCCUUGCUCCCGGCUGUCCUCGCCGCUCCCGCAGCUCUUCAUAAGAAGCCGGAGGCUGUACCUAACAAGUUUAUUGUCACUCUGAAAGAGGGCGCUUCCAUUGAUACAGACUCUCAUCUCGCCUGGGUAAAUGACCUCCACCGUCGAUCUUUGACCAAGCGUAGCACUGCUGGUGUUGAAAAGACUUAUAACAUUCAUACUUGGAGUGCUUAUGCGGGCGAGUUUGAUGACGAGACAAUUGAGCAGAUCAAGUCUAGUCCCGAUGUUGCGUCUGUGGAGCCAGACUACAUCAUGUACCUGUCGGACAUUGUUGAAGACAAGCGUGCUUUGACUACACAAUCCGGUGCUCCUUGGGGUCUCGGCACUGUUUCCCAUCGCACAUCUGGGUCCACAAGCUACAUUUAUGAUAGCUCAGCUGGCGCUGGAACUUUUGCCUACGUAGUUGACUCCGGUAUCAACACCUCCCAUCAGCAAUUCGGCGGGCGUGCCAGCCUUGGCUAUAAUGCUGCAGGGGGGCAGCAUGUUGAUACUCUUGGUCAUGGUACUCAUGUUUCCGGAACAAUUGCUGGAUCUACAUAUGGCGUUGCUAAGCAGGCUAGCCUAAUCUCCGUUAAGGUCUUCUCUGGAGAUAGCUCCACCACCUCUAUUAUCCUCGACGGCUAUAACUGGGCCGUGAACGACAUUGUCUCGCGGAACCGUGCUAGCAAAUCUGCUAUUAAUAUGUCGCUUGGAGGACCUGCUUCAUCUACCUGGACGACCGCCAUCAACGCAGCCUUUAACCAGGGUGUGCUUACCAUUGUCGCCGCUGGUAAUGGAGACUCUCUAGGAAACCCCCAACCAGUCUCCAGCACUUCUCCUGCUAACGUACCUAACGCCAUCACUGUUGCAGCACUGGACAUCAAUUGGCGCACUGCUUCCUUCACCAACUAUGGUGCUGGUGUUGACGUUUUUGCCCCUGGUGUUAAUGUUCUGUCCUCAUGGAUUGGAUCUAACACUGCCACCAACACAAUUAGCGGCACUUCAAUGGCUACACCUCACGUUGUCGGUCUGGCUCUCUAUCUUCAAUCCCUUGAAGGUCUCUCCACUCCCACCGCUGUCACUAAUCGGAUCAAAGCUCUGGCUACCACUGGCCGCGUAACCGGCAGCCUUAGAGGUAGCCCUAACUCUAUCAUCUUCAACGGAAACAGCACUUAAACAGGCUAUAAAGUGCAAUACUUAUGACAAGGCAACUUAGCUAUCGCUUGCUUAACCUUAAAAAGGAUGAUCACCAUUAUGGGGUGUGAUCGAUAUAUGGAUUCUACAGCAUUUCUAACUAACUAAAUAUUCUCCUGUAGGCUGCUAAAAGAGAAAGAUACAAUCAAUAAGUACGCUCGAUGUUUCAAUGAAAUUGCGCAAUUCGUUCAAGGAUCGUGAAUAUUGUGGUGCUUUGACUGCCAAUAUAGAUCUCACUACGACAACGAUGGCCGUAAAUCACAAUGAAGGGAAAUUGGUAGAUAAUAAGUACAUGUACAUAUGGAACACGGUAAUUAAACCGCGUAUAUGUAAUACACCGAUAACAAAUGAAUUUUUAAAGGGUAAAAAUAUAAAAAAUGCCUUCGAAUAGAGAGAAUACAACGCACAUGAAG